ACUCCACACAGGCGGGGCCGGGAUUUGUACCCCGGCCCUCAGAACUUUGAGGUGGAUGCGGUGGUCACCGUGCCGCAGUUUCUGUGUGUUCCUCUCAGUCAAUUUCCAAGAUGAAAAAUCCUUGCAUAUCCACUGCGUAUCACAGCGACCAAGGAGGGCAUUCAAAUCAUUUGGAAGAUAGGGCAGCUUUUGACUUAUCCCCUCUUUGCGUCAUGGGUGUGUGUUAUGGUUGUUGUCUUCCUCCUGUCUCGUACACACCUGCUCCUGAGAGCAUCUUCCCCACCUGUGCCUUGUUUACCCUAAUUACCCCAUGCAUUGAACCUCGUGUCUCAUUCUUUCUGGUCGCCAGUUCCUUGUACCUCACGUUCCAGCAUUCCUUGUUUCCACGUCACCGACUCAUAGUCAUGCUCGAGCUGUUUGAAAUCAGAAUGGAGCGGGACUUUCCAGACGCUUCUCUCCAGUGCCCAGAGAAUUACCUCUAAGGAGGCAAUUGCCAUGUAAAUUUCUUGGUGGCUGCGAUUGAUAAUCACACAGAGAAAUGGCACUCCACCGCAAAUUUGAUUUAACUACGAUGAGUAUAAUCAGCAGAGCAUCAGGGGAAGAGAAAUAAGCCGGGAGUAGAAACGGCAGACACUCCAGACUCUGCACGUGGGCGAGGGGAGAAGAAAGCCAUCAAGCUGGAAAACAGCCUCCCAUUUCAUGCAGCUCUAAGACUGACUCUUCACCAAACCGAGCUCUCGCAUCAUCUCCAGAGAAGGAACGCUUAUUGCAAAGUGUUGGUUGGUGCCAAGGCUGUCCGCAGUUGUGUUGCUCUGACCUGUCUUUCUCUUUGGCCACAGUGAUCUAGACAGAGACUUUUGGAAUAACAAUGACAGCAGCACAGUGCAGCAGAGGUGGAGCUCCUAUCCGCCGAAGGAGUUCGUACUUAACAUUUCUCCCUAUGCCCCAUAUGGAGACCCUCGCCUCACACUCAAGUGAGUCUUGGUCCAAGACUGGUAAGAGUCUUCACCCUUGAGCAGGGCUGUAAUGAGACCGGGACACCACCACUCGUUUUCUUUUCUUUACUUUUCUUAACUCUUCCCCUAUCCCCCUGGCUUCACAGUCCCCACCACUUACCACUCAUCUAAUUGAACCAUUCAAUGUGCCAGUCAAAUGAUACUUUGAAUUUAAUGUAAACUAUUUUGAUUUUUUUCUCUUCUAAACGAGAACGUUUUUCACAUCAGUAACUAGAAAAAAAGGCUUAUUUUAAAGGCCACUGCAUAAAUAUUGUAAUACAUUACAGCUUUAAAAGCUGAGUGUUGUUGUUAAAUAUGAUUUUCAUGAACUCUUGUAAGAACAAGGAAAACGAAUGCACCCAAUGUAACCAUGCUGGAGGGCACAAAUGGUUACUAAUGAUUACUCAUCUGCUCUGGAAAUGUGAGUGGGUCAAAUGUCAUACACGCACAUUACAGCCUCCCUGCGACAGCCUUCCGAUGAUUACUGCAAAGCAAAGCAGCGCAGCCCUGUAACUCCCUCUGGCUCCUUUCUCCUGAUCCUCCUCACUCUCUGUCACCUUUUAAUGAACACCCAGGCGCAUGUUCCAAUGCCCGCUCCACUCCCUACAGCCCUGCUGGUCAUAUUAACUCCUGACCUCUAACCUCUCACCUCUCUCCCAUGGAUAGUAACCAUGGAGACGGACAACCCUCGUAGCUUUCCAAUCUAAAUGAUGUAUAAACUUUACCCCCCUACUGUAAUCUCCCCCAAACCUUGUGUGUGCUGUUUUUGUGGAGGGUUGACCGUUACACAAGGUUGCGGUGUGAAGCCAAUGUUCACGUGGUUGACAUUCCUCUGUGCCCUUCCUCUGAUCCCUCGUUAUAUCUCUAAAGUCAACGACACUAACACCGUGACACUUGAGCUGCAUCUACGGUCGGUCACAAUGGGAGAUGAGGUAUUUUUACGUCAUGUAAUAAAAGUAAUGCUUGGAAUCCAGUAAAAGCUCGAGCAAGGUCAGAUUUAUCUCCCUCCAGGCAAUGUGAGGGCUCUCGGUUUAGAUUUCCUGCUACAAGGAAUCUGUCCGUAAACUGUCUAAUGAAUGGUCAUUUUUAAUAGGCGGAGCUGUUGAAAAAUGUGUGCUAAAUGGCCCGGAGCGAUGAGGCUGCAGUGUGCUGGUGAAGGUGCUGGAUGCUAUUAGUUUUCCUGACUAAAAACUCCACUAGAAGAUGAUGGCUGCUGGUCCUGUAGCCUUGCACAAGCCUCCAGUGCUUGUGUUUUGAGAAGUUCAUUUUUUUAAAAUAACCCUCAAGGUUGGCAUUUGUCCAUAAAGCUGCUUUAUGCUCCAGUUAUUCUUUUGUCCACUCAUAGUAAUGGACAAUUUUCCCUGCAAAAAUGGCAAAUGGAUUUCUUUCUCAAUAGCCUGCCAGAAAAUAUAUCGGCAUUGAAAAAUUGAAGAAAUCAGCAGUUUGUUAUUAUAAGGGGAGACGGGUGAUGACCUCCUGACUCUGACCAGUUAUGAUCCUCAAGCAGACAGCUACAAAAAUCAUAUCCUGUUUAAGAUUCCCUUGAGAUCAGCAGCUUUCAGCUUUCUGUAAUGACAUUGGGCCACAUUUAUCAAAUAGUUUACUAUCCUGAAUGAUCCAUCUUCAUUUUUAAGGGAUUACUAGAUUUGAAAGUCAAUACCACCAUUUUUAAACCGUUUUCAGUAUAUUUAUGUAGCUCCAGUGAGCUACAAUUUACAAUUGUAAAAAUUAUUUGUCAUAUAUUCACAAUGAGACUGAACUGUAUAUACUAUAUAUGAUACUUCAUCUUAUAAAUCUGAUACCUCAGAGGGGAGGAACUGUCAAGGAAAAUGUGGCUAUAUAUCUUUUGUAAGUCACUUUUACUCCCUUUGAACCUCGGGCAGUAAAGAGAGAGAUGCCUGACUUUACUGCACAUUCCUGUAAAUACUCGUGUUGAUUCAUGGCCCCACUUAUUUGCAUGUUCCUACUUUUAAUAUAAGUGAAAACCUUGUUCACUUUGCAUUCAGCUCGAUAAACGAUGCCCAUGUCACCCCUGUUGACCAUUGCUCCAGCAGUGUCAUCCAUGCUGUUGUUGUGAUUGAUGACUUUUCCACAUGCACAUUCAGGUCACUUGGUGACAGUCAAAUGUGAAGGUUGACUUUCAAAGAGAAGCAAGACAAAUAUUAGCAUUCUCUGACCAGAGCAUCAGUGAUUCCUCAUAGGUUUCCUCCACAGGAGGACUGUGCAUGUUAAUGAAAAGCAGUCAUGUCACCAGAGGGCACUAAAGUGCUUUAUUUUUAUUACCACUGCUUUCUAAUUUAUAAUAAUUUUGUUCAAUCCCCAAAAUAGCGUUGGGUUAUCAUUUGAGUUGGUUAACAUAAUUUAAGCACUCAAGUCAAGUAUUACUUUUUCAUGACGACUUUAUAUCACAUCAUGAUGACUUUUAUCUCAUCACGACGACCUUAAAUCGCGUCUGUUUUUUCUCUCGCUCACAAGUUGACCCAAAUACGUCAUCGUAUGAAACGGCUACACUAUAUGGGAAAAAGUAUUGGGUAACCUAUAUUUCAUGGUAGCACCUAAUUGAGCCUUUGAGGAAUCCCCUUGUAAUAAAUCCAUAGGCACUACAUCAGAGUUUCUCUUCGCAGCACUAGGUUCCACUCUCUUUGGAACACGUUCUACAGCAUUCUGUAGUAUGUCUGUGGCCAUUAUUAUCCAUUAAUCAGAAGAAUACAAAAAAACAUUCUAGUUCACACCAAAGUCGUCCGAUGGUGUUCAGGUGAAGGUUUUGUGUUUGGUCUUCCUGGUCAAUCUCAUCUAACCACACCUUUAUUGACCUGGCUUGUUGCACUGGGACACAGUGGCCUUCCCCAAAAUAAUGCCCAUCAAGUUGGAAGAAUAGAAUAGAAUGACGGUGUCCUGGACAAUACUCCCUAAAAACAAACCCUUGGUAUCAUUUCAACAUGUCCAUUCCUCCACUCCUUGGCUGGCAUUGUGUAGAUGUAAGGCCACCCUGAUCUGUAGAGGAGGUUUGGAUCUGUAUUUAUUCAGUGCGACCAGAGACCUUGCCCUGUGAUUUACAUGGAGAUGUUCUUCCUAAACACUUCCACUUUGCAAUAAGACCACUGGAAUUUCUAGCAGGGAAGACAAGUCACGGACUGACAUUUUAGCAAAGGUGGCCUACUUAAUGCAUCUUAAUCAAAUUUAGUGAGCUCUUUCAGAGAAAAGCCAUAUCUCAUUCAUUAUACCGUAUUCCAAUACUUUUGUCCAUGCAGUGUAUUUCACACCUUCCUAUUCACGUAUUGCUAUGUGGCGAUCAAAUGGCAGUUAGAAUAUCAGGUAUUUAUGUCUAGAAAUAAAUUUCAAUCAAUGUUUUAUUGGAACACCAUUAAGCUAAAUUUCAUUUUCACAGGCUCUUCAAAAUGGUCUAUUAUUCUCACUCGGUUACAAUCCAUCGCUCUUGUGGCUAUCAUUGAACUGCCUUGUAUAGUGGCACGUCUCAAGCACCAAACGUAUAAAUGAAGGCGGGAAUGAGAGUUUAAUGGCCAGCAUCCACACACUGCUGCUGCUGCUGCUGCUGGUGAAUGCUGGCAGCUGUGAGAUUGGUCCUCUCGGCCCAGACGGAGUGACCUUGUUGGUUUUCCACCUUCCACAGGCUACCCGCAAAUGCUUCUCCUCUUCCCCGCUCUCCACUCCCCAUUUCUGUGUUUGAACACACUGGACUCCAGACCUUUUUCAUUUACCUGCUUCUCACUGGGCUUGGAAAGCUGUCUCCUCACACACUCUGCUAAUGUGUCUCACGCACUUAGCCGCGUGGUUGCUCAACCUCUUUUCCUGUGUUUAUGUUGUGUGUGUCUCUCUCUUUCUGUCCCUCACAUGCUUUUUGUUGUUUUUUUCCCCCCUCCUCUUCUUGUCGUUGCUCUCUAUCUCUGUAUCCUCUCUCUACUUCUGUACAUCUGCACCUUGUCUGCCUCCCUUAGUGGGGCAGUGUCAGGGUGUCAAAAGGGGGCACCAACUGGGCAUGGGGAUGUUGGGGGUGGGCCUUACCGCAGUGACAGCAUGAAGAGCAUGAUGACAGAGGGAGCGAAGGCCGGGCGAUGGCAGACCGUCCAGGGCCACAUGCAAUCUGGAGGAUUUAGACCCAGCAAGUGAGUUUAGCCUGCCGCACACCGAGUGAUUAGUUUUGCUGCGAUUCGAAAUUUGAAUUUCAGAUGAACGGUCUUGCAACGUCGCAGAUGUAAAAUUGCCAGGUCAUAUAAGAUGAGCUAUCACAUCAAGAAUUACAUUUCUGGGUAUGAAGCGAGAUCCACGUUACCACCGCCAAGCCACACCAAUACAUCCAUUCAUCCAUUUUCUGAGCCGCUUAUCCUCACUAGGGUCGCGGGAGUGCUGGAGCCUAUCCCAGCUACCAUCGGGCAGGAGGCGGGGUACACCCUGAACUGGUUGCCAGCCAAUCGCAGCAUACCAAUACAGUAAAUACAGAAAAAAUAGUUUUUUUAAAAUAAUACUGAAUUAUAGUUCUAAUUUCAAAUGUACCUGUGGCUAAAAAGCAAAGUGUGGAGAGUCUCUGUCACAGAAAUGCAAAAAUGCAGUCAGUGAAUGGGGUGGAAAUUGACCACAGCCCCUCAAAUAUCCACACACUGUCCUUUAUUUUGCUUUUUAUUAUUGUACAUAGCUACAGCGGCCAGGGCAAUCCACUUCUUCCGUGUCAAAUACGCCAUGUUGUUUGUGGUUAAAUAAAAAGUAAUACAGUGCAGUAUACACUGGGUAUGGAAAUUAUUCAGACCCCCUUAAAUUUUUCACUCUUUGUUAUAUUGCAGGCAUUUGUUAAAAUAAUUUAAGUUCAUUUUUUUUCCUCAUUAAUGUACACACAUAUUGACAGAAAAAAAACAGAAUUUUGAAAUCUUUGCAGAUUUAUUAAAGAAAAACAGCCAUAAAUCUUCAGACCCUUUGCUCAGUAUUUAGUAGAAGCACCCUUUUGAGCUAAUACAGCCAUGAGUCUUUUUGGGAAUGAUGCAAUAAGUUUUUCACACCUGGCUUUGGGGAUCGUCUGCCAUUCCUCCUUGCAGAUCCUCUCCAGUUCUGUCAGCUUGGAUGAUGGAUGUUUGUGGACAGCCAUUUUUAGGACUCUCCAGAGAUGCUCAAUUGUUUAAGUCAGGGCUCUGGCUGGCCCAUUCAAGAACAGUCACGGAGUUGUUCUGAAGCCACUCCAUUAUUUUAGCUGUGUGCUUAGGGUCAUUGUUGGAAGGUGAACCUUCGGCCCAGUCUGAGGUCCUGAGCAUUCUGGAGAAGGUUUUCAUCCAGGAUAUCCCUGUACUUGGCUGCAUUCAUCUUUCCUUCAAUUGCAACCAUCGUCCUUUCCUGAGGACUGCACUGAGGAGAGGCUUUUGUUGGGCCACUAUGCCAUAAAGCCCUGACUGGUGGAGGGCUGCAGUGAUGGUUGACUUUCGAGAACUUUCUCCCAUCUCCCGACUGCAUUGCUGGAGCUCAGCCACAGUGAUCUUUGGGUUCUUCUUUACCUCUCUCACCAAGGCUCUUCUCCCCCGAUUGCUCAGUUUGGCUGGAUGGCCAGCUCUAAGAAGGGUUAUGGUCGUUCCAAACAUCUUAAAUUUAAGGAUUAUGGAGGCCACUGUGCUCUUAGGAACCUUAAGUGCAGCAAAAUUGUUUUUGGUAACAUUGGCCAGAUCCAUGCCUUGCCACAAUUCUGUCUCUGAGCUCUUCAGGCAGUUCCUUUGACCUCAUAAUUCUCAAUUGCUCUGACAUGCACUGUAAGCUGUAAGGUCUGAUAUAGACAGGUGUGUGGCUUUCCUAAUCAAAUCCAAUCAUCCAUCCAUCCAUUUUCAACACCGCUUAUCCUGGUUAGGGUCAUGGGGCGCUGGAUCUUAUCCCAGCUGACUUUGGGCGAAAGGCGGACUACAUCUUGAAAUGGUCGCCGGUCAGUCGCAAGGCACAUAGAGACACAGACAACCAUUUGCACUCACAUUCACACUUUCACUGAGUGGGAACUGAACCCAUGCUGCCCGCACCAAAGUCAGGCGAGUGUACCACUACACCAUCAGUGACCUCAGAUCCAAUCAGUAAAAUGAAACACAGCUGGACUCCAAUGAAGGUGUAGGACCAGCUCAAGGAUGAGGAGAAGAAAUGGACAGAACCCAAGUUAAAUAUGAGUGUCACAGCAAAGGGUCUGAAUACUUAUGCCUGUGUGAUAUUUCAGUUUUUCUUUUUUAAUAAAUCUGCAAAAAUGUCAACAAUUCUGUUUUUUUUCUGUCAAUAUGGGCAGCGUUAAUAAUUUAAAAAUGAUUUAAGCAAAUCGGCUGCAAAAUAAAGAGUGAACAUUUUAAGGGGGUCUGAAUACUUUCCGUACCCACUGUAUGUGGAGGCUCAAAAGGUUAAGAACACCGCCGAUAAGAACACCACAGGUCGCAGUAUUGUGUGCAGUAGUGUCAAAUGCGUGGGGUGCGGGUGUGAGUCGUUGACUGUAAUUUGAUGGCGAUUGUGCAGUCCAGUCGCUGGGCAGCGUUGUGCAGCAGGCCAUAUAAUCUGGAAAAAGGACAAGUCUGUUGCACAAUUUAAACUCACCAGCAGGUAUGUUUAGUGUUCUGACUAAGCAAGUCAAGUUGAGGAGGGAGGUGGGGCUCAGGUGUCAAGGUGAGCAUGUGGGCACAGAUCUUGGUGUGAACCCAAUUGGACCUUGAGCUGACACCAUGUUGACUCAAGGCUUCAGCUCAACUGCACAAUGUAACCAAAUUGGGACUGCACUGCCUGUAAGUGCUACUUCUAAAAUGAAACACAGAAAAGUGUAACUUCCACACAAUGGCUAAAAUGAUGUCAUCCAUCUGGCACUGAGUUCCUGUCGACUGCGUUAUUUCACUCUCCUGUGACUUAUGACAUCCCUGAGACUAUAUUUAACACGUAUGAGGCUGUUAAUUUUCAGUUGGGCGUGAUUUUUGCACCUUCCUUCGGCACCUUGUGAUUUUCUUCCAACACAACACAUUCACGCUCUUCACUACCUCAUCCCUCAUCUGCUCAAUUCCCCCCACCUUCCCAUCCUUUCUUUUUUACCCCUUCUCUAUAAUUGGUUUCUAUUUUCAGGCAGCCAUAAGAGUCUCUGUGUCUUGUGUUUGUGUCUCGCACCCCAUUUUCCGACUGUCCUCCAUCGUCACCCUCUCCUGUUAUCGCUCUCCAUCUUACUGUCUCCGUGUACAGCCACUCCUACGAGUCUCUGAAUCCUGUUUCAUUUUAGCACAACCUCAUAUUACCCCUUUUAUCUUUUAUGUAUGACUAUUAAAUAUGAUUAACGGUACACUGAAGACCAAAAUUGCAAAAUAACGAUGGGUGAAGUAAUGCAAAGCCGAGUAAACAGGUGAAUAGCGCUCAUGACCUAAUUCAGGUAGUCUGGGUUGUGCAGUCAGCUGACAGUGGAGGAUAUAUUUAGUCGACAGCAAAAAAAUGUGUUUUUAGAAAGAAUGCACAACAGAGUUUAAUACUUACGUGUACGGAAGCAAGCUAUGUCAUACAGCUUGAUGAUCACGUGACUGCUAAAAGUGCCAAUAUAGACAAUAUUAAAAGGGGAGUGGAAAUGAAAACUUGACAGAGGGAGGGACACAUGGUGUAGGCCUUGGUUGGCUGAUGAAUGUCUCUUGAGAGGAAGCAUGUGUUUAAAAGACCCAAAAAGACUUGGAGAGAAAGGAUGAGAGACUGUCAGCUAAUUUUCACAAGUGAGUGGAGGAAAAUGGGGAUAUCUCAUCAGAGCAAAAAAAACUCACCAGGAAGGCCUGGAAGCUGCAAAGCUACAAGCCAAACGUCACAGAGACGCCUCGCGCCCGUUCGGACUCCACGCAUCCGACCGCUGCCACCUCGAAAUUCUCUUUCGCGCAAGCAGCACGCUCACGCCGCGCAGACACGCAAGGUGCCCUUGCACGUGACACAGGCGCGCAGGGCGAGCACACAGCUGGCACACGGGUGGCUGACGCCGGCGUGCGACUGGCAGACAGGACAGGGUGCUCACUCGGGUUGCACCAUCUACUGCUAUUUCUGCUACUGCUGUUACUACUGCUGCCUCACAUUGCUCUCCUUCUCUCUCCUCCUCCUCCUAUCUCCUACUCCACAUGCUCCACCCUCUGACUCCUUCUCCAACCUGCCUCCCGCUUCCUCUUCCCCCCUCCCGACAUCAACUUCCUGUGUGGAUGACAAUUCGAUCCAUCCUGACCUCAACCUGACUGUUUCGGCCGUGUCUCCCUGCUGCCCUCUGUCAUCCUGCCUCACCUCUGAUGUCUCUGUCUCCCUUCUCUCUACCUCAUCUCCUGAACUACUCACCCCCUCUUGCCCUAACACCUCUCCUGCUUCCUCUUCUGACUCCUUCUCUUUCCAUCGCCAUGUCCUUUGCCGGCCGUGGCCAUCGUCUCGUUCUCUUUCUUCCCUGCUCCUCUGCCCUCCCAGCUUUGGGGAUCCAGUUUUAUCCUACACAUCCACUCUGGAACACAUCCCCUCUGGGCCGACCCGCCCUCGGACGCUGCUACGCCAGCAGAGUCUCCAACAGCCCCUCAUGAACCCGCCGGGCUCUGGAUUUGGUCAUCCACCCACCACAUCCCAGAGUUUGGGACAGUUACACACAGCACCUGGACAGCCCGGGGGAGGCGGGGCUGCUGGGAGAGGAGAGGCAGGUGGUGGCGGUGGUGAGGGUGGGGGUGCAGGUAAAAGAGCUGUUCCACGGGCCACACGGGGCAACGCUGCAGGUGCAGGUGCCUCUCGCUAUAGAGGAGGUGGCCCAGGAGGGCGCUCGCGUGCCAAUCCUGGCAGUUGGGAUUACAUGAUGGACCAGAUCCGGAAUCGCGGCCUUGAUGUCAAAUCCUUCCUUGAAGGGAAGCUGGUGGUCCUGUCUUUGGCCAUCGGUGUGGCCGAGCAAGACGACUUUGCCAAUAUCCCUGACCUGCAAGAAACACAGCAGGCAGUCCCAGCAGCCAGUCAGGAUCCCCCCCUCGAGAAGAGGGGCAACAAGCCAGCCAACAGUCCCAAAGGCCAACCCCCUGAUGCCGACGGCCACUCCUCCGUAACCGACCUGGCAAACUCCCUCACUGGAGACAUGGUGAUGUUGUCUCCAGGUUCAGAGGAUGAUGACGGCGAGGGGCCUAUCAGUGAGAAGCUGGGUCGGAUCCAGUUCAGUAUAGGCUACAGCUUCCAGAACACAACCCUUACUGUCAAAGUUCUCAGGGGCCAGGAGCUGCCAGCCAAGGACUUCUCUGGUACUUCAGAUCCCUUUGUCAAAAUCUACCUGCUGCCUGAUAAGAAGCACAAGCUGGAGACCAAGGUCAAGAGGAAGAACCUCAACCCCCACUGGAAUGAAACCUUCCUGUUUGAGGGUUUCCCCUAUGAGAAGGUGAGAGAGCGCACACUUUACCUUCAGGUGCUGGACUACGACCGCUUCAGCAGGAAUGACCCCAUUGGAGAGGUCUCAAUCCCCCUGAACAAGGUGGAAUUGGGUCAGAUAAAGACCUUCUGGAAGGAGCUCAAGCCCUGCAGUGAUGGCAGUGGGAGACGAGGAGACUUGCUGCUGUCUCUAUGCUAUAAUCCCACUGCCAACACCAUCACUGUGAACAUAAUCAAAGCCCGUAAUCUCAAAGCCAUGGAUAUCGGGGGCACCUCAGAUCCAUACGUGAAGGUGUGGCUGAUGCACAAGGACAGGCGUGUAGAGAAGAAAAAGACAGUGACAAUGAAGCGCUGUCUCAAUCCCGUCUUCAACGAGUCCUUCCCCUUCGACGUUCCCGCUCAUGUGUUGAGGGAGACCACCAUCAUCAUCACUGUCAUGGACAAGGACAGACUCAGCCGCAAUGAUGUUAUCGGCAAGAUCUACCUGUCGUGGAAGAGUGGUCCAGCGGAGGUGAAGCACUGGAAAGACAUGCUCGCCCGGCCGCGUACCAACGUGGCCCAAUGGCAUGCUCUCAAGGCCUAAUGGCACUGCCCACCUUCCUCCAUGGCCCCUCCUUUCCCCGCAACCCCCCUCCCUCCCAGUCCCGUCCUUAUGCACAAGACUGACUUGCUGCCAGGCUGCGAAACACGGGUACAAUUAGCCAUCUGCUCUCUUAAACCUUUAAACUCUCUCUUGUCCUUGUUCCUCCUCUCAUACGCUCCUGUCUGCAUUUCUGUUUCUCACCACUUCACCCUCUCCUGUUUUUGACUGCCCAUACGUUCUUCUACACUUUGUCUGUGGAGGCCUAAUGUUUUGUUUCUAUAUGCGGACCCCUUGGUCCUGAACUGCACUGCAGCCACUGACCCACUCAAGGUGCCAGUCCCGUGGGAUCACAGAGAAUCUUAAGUGAUACAUAAUAUAGUGUAUGAUCGUUCCAGUAACACAAUACUAUCCAAUAUGUACUGUAUGUACAUAAACAUUAAUAUAUUAGGCUUAUAGAUUGCCCCCUCCCCCAUACAAAUAGGGUAUAUUAUCCAUAGUUUAUCUGUUGUUCUUUCCAUUCUUUUGUCUCCAAUGUACUGUAGCUUCCAUUAUUUUGUUCCCACCUUUUACUUACUGUAAGUGUGGUUUAAUGUCUGGUUUAAGUCGUAGAAAGCAAUCAAUACUUGGUUUGUAAUGAAACCAGCUGAGCUCAAGAUGGUAUUGUUGAUACUCGUGUCUCUCUCCUCUUUUCUCUUCUAUUCCCUCAUUUCCUCUUUAUUGUUCCCUCUUUCUUAUCCUCUGGCACAAUAUCAGUGGUCCCCUCCUCCCUACCAACUACCCCCAUCAAACAACAACCACCUUCCCCUUGUCGUCUGUGUGCUGUGGUUGCUGUGCUGUAGCUCCAAAUCAGAAUUAGAGGUUAAAAGAUAUACUGUAUAUGUACUGAACUUUCCAAAGCUGGGAAAGCGGAGACACGAUAAACUCAUGAGGCGGAUCACUCUUGAUUUUUCCAGCCAAUAAGCCCUUGACACAGAGAGAGAAAAAAGAAGACGUGGGAAAAAAAUACUGUAAAUCCGAGAUCCUACGAUGAUGUCAUUUUUCACAGUGAAAGAGGGAAACAAUUUCAAAUCUUCUUGCAACGAAGGUAACGCAACAUGUGUGCUGAUUUGUGUGCAUGCCUUCCAAUGUGCGCGCUCACUUCAAUUUAUGUAUUGAGAAUAGGAAUUCUUCAUGCUGCUCUGUGCUCUCGUUUUGCCCUAUUGUACUGAAGAUCUCAGAGAACUGCUCCAUCUUCCCAACCUGUUUGCCUCUGUGGCGCGUCUGUAUUAAUGUAUGCCUGCUGGUGCAAGUGUGUUUAGGUGUGUGUGUGUGUGUGUGUGUGUUCGAGCAACACAACUGCCAUCGCAGCAGAAGUCUUCUCUUUUCUCUUUCUCUCUUCUUACUGCCAUUGCUUCCCCAUCCUCCUAUACUGCCCUGCCUUCUGAACGAGGGCGCGGGGAAGUUCUAUCUGCACUUUUUCAAAAUUUAAUAAUAAUAAUAAUAACCUUGAGGUUGAGGAUGGUUUUGAUGAUGAUUAUCGUACUGGUGAAAAUGAAGGGAGGAGUGUGUUAAAGGAGAGAUUGGGGGAGAGGCUGCCUCUGCGCUGUGACUUGAGGUUGUUGAGAUGAAGAAGAGGACAAAGAGGACGGAUGAAGGGCUCUCAUCCAUCCUCAUCCAUUCAAUUAAAUACAGGUCAAACAUGAUUUGCAAAUCCUCCUCUUUUUGUCUCGUUUUUUUUGUGAACAUUCACUACCGUGGGUGUUUCCUGUUGGCAAACUCCUGCGGUGAGAAAGGCGAGCUUGCUUUGGUUGUCAUGUGAAGGAGGCUUGCCGAGCACCAUUGUUAUGACACAAAGUGUAAAGCAUGAUCAGAGAUCCAAGCAAGAGACUGACAGUUUCUGUAUGUUGUUCGUGAUGCUGUAAGCAGUCCGACAGGAGUGGAUUCUGGCUUUGUUGCUGACCAAAAAAAAAAAAAAAAAAAUGGUUAACCCUAACCCCAUAGCACUGUUUCGCACUCCGUGGGUGUGAUUUUUGAAGAUGGACUGAUCUGUGACUGCGAGAUACUGGAGAAGCAGAUAAUCUUUUCCCCGGGUGCUCGAGACCAGCACAGUGUUUCAGUGGCUGCCUGUUUUGUCAGCCGCAGUCAACUCAAAUUCCCUCACAGUAAAUAAAACAGACAUCCUUGGACAGCAUGGAUACUUGCAGUCAUUUAAAGCUACUUGCUCAGAAGUGUUUUUACAGUAGUAAAAGUCCCUUGAGCCCUAAUCUGCUCCACUAGUUGGGAUUUAUUUAAUUGGUAAGAUUUUAUGUUACAUUUUCUCAUAUAUCUAAUGUCAAUCGAAGACGGUUAAAGACCCUGUAAAGUGAAUUUAUAGAUUUGCUUGUUUUCUUCUUCUCAAUUAUUACACUUGUUUGAAGAUAAUUGCAGACAAUGUGCAAAGACUGAGAAGUACUCAAUUGUGGAGGUAUAGCCUUAAACUGUUUUUCACCUUUUCUUUUUUUCAUGACUUUUUGGGUGUGUGGCUAAAACGGCACCCAGUGACGCACUUGGGCAUCCAGCAUGAGUCGCGCCUCCCCCAUAUAUAAGAACUUGAGCUUCCCAAACGUAGUUGGACGACCGGUCGGCAGUCACAUUACGUCCCGACCAAUGAGUGUACGUUGGCUUGGCGCUUAUUUUAUGAUUAUACUACACAGUAAGCGCGGCUCGACAUUAACGGUGGCCCAGGGUCCAUACACUGCCAUGUCGGGCCACCACUUACCUAUAGAUGCUGGCCUGGCGGGGCCAGUACAAAUUUCUAAGUGAUCCAAAAUUUUCAACUACCGAAAACGGCCCAAAAGUGUAUUUUCGGUUUCGGACGUAAAGACUUUUAUCACCGAAACAACCCGGCUGACACAGGAUCUUGCGAUGACACAAGGAAAAACCGUGACUGACAUGCGCUUGAGUGUGUAGUAGUAGUGUUGGAAUGUCAGUGCUAAGUAAAUAGUUUAAUAAUUUUGUAAUUGGUUUAUUCUUUGAAGCAUUAAUAUUAAUUUGUGUAAUUGCGAUGCCUUAAUUUUAGUGAGAUUAGCAAUAAUAGCCAUGAAUGCAAUUGUAGUAAUCAUUUCCUAAAGCGUCUUGAAUAAGGCAGUUUAUAGACACUAAAUAGUCACAACAACUGACUGUAUUAUAUCAUGAAUAUACCGGGCCAGUAUCAGUUUUGACAUUUCAGGCCACCACUCCAAAUGUCUGACAAUGAUAGCUAUUCAAUUUUGAAGGUGAACCUCCUAACGUAAUUUUACAUCACCAUCGUUUUCAUAGUGCAUGUAUACACUGCUAUCCAAGUUAAUUGACAGUUAACAGUUGAGCGGUUGAUGCACACACUAACUGUAUGGCUGUGCAUUAGAUGCCCAAGUUAGAGAGUGCGACAAGCAACAAAACUUAGGUUCAGCAUAAUGUAUGUCAUAAGAUAAACCUCAGGUUUAGCAUUAUCUGCACAAGAUUAGACCUCGAGUGCGCCUCUAAGCUACGUUGGCCUGUUCAUGUGUACUUUCCUUGGACAGAAUAGAACACACAGCUUGCUGAAGCCACUUGCUAGGCGAAAGAUAACGUGUGCCCUCAUUAGUAAUCAUAAAGAUACUGGAAAAGACUACAAAUGAGGAAAAUAAUCACAACGCACAUUCCUUACGUGAAUGUGCAGGAGAUGUACUACCGCGGCUAUUUGUGCAAUUGUAAAGCAUCUUUCAGUGUCAUGAAAAGCGCUAUAUACUGUAAGUGUCAUGCUUUACUAUUGUUACUUCAUUUCCCCAUGAUUGCAUGGUGCUCAAGGAGGAAUAAAUCACCACACUCGACCUAGUAAACUGACAAAAGAGGUGGCGUUAUUCUUAGCAACACGAGGCCUGUGUUUUGCUGCUGGUGCAGGCAAAAUGGAGGCAGUCAUGUUGCUCGGUGGCACAUUUAAAACUCACAGCACACCACGAAGUGCUUUUGUUUUCCUUAAUGCAAAUUUUUGAUAUCACUGUAUAACCUUUGUUUGAACUAAAAUAUCCCUUGGGCAAAGAUCGUUGGUGAUAAUGACCUGAUAUAAUGUUUUCCGUGAUUACAUCUAGCGUAAACUACAUGAAUAGUCAUGCACAAGGUUGCAAAGUGAAUAAACAUUUGAAUGUGCUUUGUAUGAUUAUUCAAAAAGUUGCAUAACAAACAUUCUCUCUUUGCCAGCAGCCCUCAAACCAGCACCAUUACAAUGAAUGGUACAUUAAACAACACAAAAGCGUUUUUAAAUCUGAGUUUUAUGUAACCACCGCCUGUCUCAUGCCUCUAAACUGUGAGAUAUGUGACCUUCCUUCAAAGGACUGCCAGUUUAUGAAUAAAGCGUGGCAAAGUUACAGAUGCUCACUUUGUGUGUGUGUGUGUAGUUGCUUAGCUUGUUAACAGGCUUAGUUCUGUCCUUCGUCAUUACUCUUUGACCAGGCGGAGUCAACUUGCAGGUGUUAGGAAUUAUUACCACUGACAAGCCAACAAUGGAAAUUGAAAUUUGAAAGUAAAAUUGAAAUUGAAAUGUUACAACCAAGAGGAUUUUCUGUUAACUUUUCCCUUAUAUGCUUUUAUAAUCCAAUGUCUAUUUGCAUUAUGUGAUUACAAAUAUUGAGACCUCUUAGUUUACAUACUCCUAAAACUUUAAAUUAUUCAGCUAGAAAUGCAUGGUCUUGGUGAAGCAGUGUAUCCCACCAGGCAUCCUCCAUUUAUAUAUAACACUGAACAGGAAUUUGUCCCACUAAAUAGAAAAAUUGAAUCCAAUAUUAAGGUGCUAAGCUAGGUCAGUAACAUUUUUUCCAUUUUUUUUUUUAUAUAUAUAAACACCAACCAGCUCCAACACUUGCACAAUCUAAUGAGAUCCAAACUUCUUUCUUUACAGAGAUAAGAAUGAUUUAGUACAACAAUUCGGCAAAAACUUGAGUGUCUACAAAGCUCCUGGCUUUAACUUUGCUUCAGCUUUUGUGCUGACACACUGAGUGUGAACAUGAUUGCCUGUGAAAGAUUUGAAGCGCUGGGUCCGAGCGCCGCUGCCUUGCUACGUGCUGCGCGUGGGGACGCACCGUGGCAGAGACACUGUCGCCCAAAUAACACAAAACACAUUACACGCCAGGGAAGAUGUGUUUUGUUGAGUUGUAGGCAUACUUUGAUGGCUAACUGCACGCUGCAGUGGUAAAACUGGGCCAAGUUAGUAUGACUAAGGAAGUAGGAAUUACGCCGAAUGGCCUCUGCAUAAAAUAAGGGCGCUUGGUAAUUAUAUUGUCGGGGAGGGGCGACUCAUGCUGUUUCCUGGUUGCAUCAGUGUGCCCCAUUUUAGCCCCGCCCAAAAAAAAUCCAGACAACUGACAUGGUGAAAAAACAGUUUAAUGGUAUAUCUUGAAAAUUCAGACAUAAAUUGUUCUCAGUGUUUGCAUAUGUUUUCAGCACUUACCUUCAAAUAUAUUUAUUGUAUUUAGAAUUUAAAAAAACAUGAAAAUUACUUCAUUGGGUCUUUAGGACAGUCAUUUUGUCUUUAACAUUAAAUAUCGUAACUACAAGUCAAUACAAUUUCAAAGAAAUAUACCAUGUAGCUUUUUCAUGAUCUGGCUAACAAACCAUGUGGAGGGACUAGUUUACCCCGUAUCAAAUAAAUAACCAAGUUAUCCCUGUGGGCCUGAUGAUAUUGUUUGUCCUUGACACACCACACCCUUCCUUAUUGUAUAAUGCAAGUUUUCCCCUGAUGGAUGUGGCGUCCGUGACUCCCGUCUUUGGAAAGGUGCCUGCUCUGCUGUAGUAUUAUUAAAUUAAAUAUUAAAUUAAAGCUACACCGCGCGGAACGUGUGUGGAUUGAAAUGAGGCUGCUGUGGUGUCAUUGGGGAGGGUGUGCAUGUGCAGGUGAUAUUCUGCUGAAUCAGUGUAAUGCCUAGUUGUUAUCGUUUUGGGUCUCUUUUGUCACUUCCCCGAGUUUGUGAGUCGCACCUUGUUGCAGGCAGACUCCGUCUCCACCCCAAACUCACCUUUUGACUUGUCUGAAGCAUUUGUCAAAACCAGUAUGACUUCUCCCAAUCAGGUUUAAGUAAGUGUUGUUUGAAUUGUAACAAUAAUGAGAAAUUGGACAUUUUUUUUUCUUUUUCUUCACAUUUGAUUGUUGGUCAGUAUGUGUGUGCUUUGGUGUUCUUGUGUUGGGUUUAUUUCUUUACAACCGUGAUACUAAAAUCCUUCUGUUUUUGAGAACUUUCUGUAAAUAUCAUUGGUGGAAAUUAACAUUUGUUGUACAACGAGUUUUCCUUUGUCACUUGAAAUGAUGAUGAAAACGCGUUCAUGAUAACAGUGGUGAUGUGGACGAUGCUGAUUAUAACCGCCCUUCUUGAACAAGGGCUUUUUGAUGUCCGCUGUAUUUUUGUUAGAGGGCGUCGUGCAGUUGGGGGAGGGAAAAGGGAAGGAGUGCUACCUGACGCAUCCCAGGCCCACUGUAGCAACACUGCCACGUAGCUUUACUCCCACCUUGACACUUCCUGGAAAUAGAAUAUGGUACACAUUGCAGAGAAGCCUGAGUCACUAAUACACUCAGAUAUGUAUUUUUAUGAGAAGCGUGAAAAGGCAGCCGUUCUGCCCCCCGUCUCUUUGGCGACGCCUUCCCCUGUCUUCUUAUGGGCUUUGGGAUUUACUGUAAUGCAAUUGUGUUAGACAGGAUUGACCCGACUCUCACACGGAUAAUGCCAUACUGAAUUUGGAGGCAGCUCAAGGCCAGAAGCAGGGGAGUGCCUGGCCCUGAAGAUUACUGGCAUGCUUGUGCUUCGGCCUCGUAUUCCUCUCAUUAAGCACAAUCGACACCACAAAAGGGGCCUGUAUCUUGGUGAAAUUUAACAGAAAUGCCAGGAUUAGAGGUACCCAUAAACUGUAUACACACAAGUUGGAGGUUUGAAUAAGAAGAAGAUAAGAUUGACCAUUUAAAUACAGUGGAACCUCAACAUUUGAAUGCCCCUCAAGUAUAAAAGUAUAACCAAACUUUUUGGGGAAAAGUUAAUUAGAAAUUAAUUGGCGGUUGAACCGUCGUUGCAUUUUAUCAGGGCAGUCUUUUUUGUGUGUGUGUGUGUGAUGAAAGAAGAUGGAUGGAUGGAUAAAGAGAUCAUCUCUCGUGAUUGGUCCGUUUUAGUCACAUGCUGUGAUGACAUACUCAGCUUUCCCCUUAGUUCCACAUACCAACGACUCUGCUGCCUUCUUGAUUGAUUUUGCAGCAUAAUUAAACGUAUCAUUUGGUCAUCGAAGUCCUUUUGUUCUAGCAGAAACUGUUCCACGGUCGCCAUAGUUGUUGCGUUGUUCCUUGUUCCGGAAAGGAAAGGAAAAACGGGUACCAGAAACUCCACCCUGUGGUGUUCUAGCCAACCCCAGCCGUAGCGAUACCCCCGGCUUGGAGGGGAACUGCAGCACAUUUUCAAAACUGCGCGCGUGGGUUGCGCUUGAGUAUAAAGGCAAACUGCGCGCGGGAUUGCCGCAGUGACGUCAGCGCGAGUAUAAUGAAGCCUUAAAGAUCUCCUUAGGUAAAAGUUAAAAAGUACAAACUGAAAUGUACUUCAUACAAAAGUAGGAAUGAAUUUUUCCUGUCACUUAUAUACAAUUCUGUAUCUGUUUGCCACACUGGGAAAAAAAAGCUGCUCCCAAAAUAGUUUCCCUCUUUUAUUAACUUGCAUUGUACUGAAAAGAAAACAAUCACUGGACAAAGAUUUGCUGCAAACUAAAUUCUGACAGGAACUGAGAACAGGUCAUUCAUGAGCAAAACAAAAUAAUAUAACAAAAAUGCUUAAUUACGUAUCGAUAACAAAUGUGUAUGUGUUGUUGUUGUUGUUUUGUUUUUUUCCCUCAGAUUAGACAGAGAAUUUUAAAUGCCAGAAGCUUGUGGUCUGUAGGCUGAUACAUGAAUUAUUCUUGUAGCCAACAGUUAGAAAAAAAACAGGUUAAAUAAGGCAAUGGAUGGGCAAUAUUUUGAAACUAUUUUCAAAUGUAGGAAGUAAAAGUAAAAAGUCAUCAGAAAAAUAAAUGCAGUACAGAUACCUGAAAAAUCUACUUAAGUACAAAUACUUCCCAACACUGGUAUUCCAAAUGUGAAUCAUGUUGUCCCUCUUUUACAUGUUUUUGUUGUUUUUGUUUUUUUUAAACUGAUUUUGACCAGAAUGGAUUAUGUUUGACCUUUAGGGUUCCACUGUAUCCGAAAUAGAACCUGGGCCUUUCUCCACAAAGCUGCAUGCCAAAUUUGAAAACCAAAUGCACAAUCUGGCUCAAGUUAUUUCCAUCCUUCUCUUUGUCCACUGUAUAUCCAUGCGGGGAUGGUCUCACAUUUCAUAUUUCAGACUGGCCCCACUACUACUCCCGCAGCCUGCAGGAAGGACAGUAGAUCCACUCCUGCCUCCAUUUGUAAUGCCAUCCCAUAGCGGGCAUCCCGUGGGUAAAACAGAAAACACUCGUUUAUCGAUGCUUUAAAAAUAAUCUUUUACUCCAGAUCCUCCAAAGCCUUAAGAGUAUUUUGCUGUCUCUGCCGGUACAAGUACAACCCCAAUUCCAACGAAGUUGGGACGUUGUGUUAAACAUGAAUAAAAACAGAAUACAAUGAUUUGAAAAUCAUGCUCAACCUAUAUUUAAUUGAAUACAGUACAAAGACAAGAUAUUUAAUGUUCAAACUGAUAAACGUUAUUGUUUUAGCAAAUAAUCAUUAACUUAGAGUUUUAUGGUUGCAACACGUUCCAAAAAAGCUGGGACAGGUGGCAAAAAAGACUGAGAAAGUGGAGGAAUGCUCAUCAAACACCCGUUUGGAACAUCCCACAGGUGAACAGGCUCAUUGGGAACAGGUGGGUGGGUUUUUAUUUGUUUAACACAACGUCCUAACUUCAUUGGAAUUGGGGUUGUAAUUUGGCUAGACUUUGAGGAAUUUGGAUCCACUGUCAUCAGGUGGGGAAUUAGCAGGGUCUGAAAGUAAGACUAACUCGGGACUCGUUUGGGAUGUUGCGGCUAGCACUCCUGUUUCUUCGCCUUCCUGUCUGAACUUGCUCUGGCUUGCCUCCUCAACAAAGAGUGCUCAAACUUAAAUACACACAAUUGUGAUGUGUACAAUGUAAUUCCAUGUAUUUGCAUAUUUAUUUCUUUAUGUAUUUUUGCCAACUUUGUAAAGUGUAUAAACAUCUAUAAAUAUACGAACAAGAGAGUACUGUAUAGAUUUUAGCUGCCUGGUAAGGUUCCUCGUAUAUACAGUACUUGGUAGACUAAAAUAAGUGUAGAGCUGUUUUAAAGCCAGUUACUGAAAUUCUCUCAGUAACUCGGUGUGCCACUGGCGCUUUUUAUACAGUAUCUUAAGUUUUGGUUGUGUUUUUUUUUUUUUUUUUUUUUUUUUUUUUUAAAUUUGUGCCAGUGGAAACAAAAGUGUGUUGUUCUUAAUUUUGUCUCUUUGUUUGUCAGUUGGUUAUUCUGUUGCAUUUUUUUCUCUCUCUCUUCUUUACUUUAUAAGACACAGCGAGGUUCUGGCAGCCAGGAGAGUGCAGUGGAACGCAGACUGGGACCCAGUGCAUUAAUGUGUGUGCAUGUGUGUUUAGUGUGUGUUGGUCCACGCUAAUGCUCUCUGUGCAAAGCUCCCCUCCUACCCUCCAUCCCUCUCUCUGAUGUGGCCCGGUGUGUGUUCGGGUGCAGGAUGACUGUGUUGGCUGAAGCUGGCAGAUACCCCCCAUGACCACUCAACUCCUUCAUUGCAAAGCUUCAUUUUAAUCCUCCACCAAGUAUAGAUUUCCACUUCCUCCACUCGAUUGUUCAUUUACGCUCCCAUUCAGAUGGUAAUGCAUACACCUCCAGAGUCUAAUUUAACAGUAAUCCAUGCUCCCUCGUCUAUCUGGGAUUCUGUGUCCAUUAGCGGCUCUUAUUCCUCACCUUAUUUUUUUUUCUGCAGAGCUCUGUGGACCAGACAGGAAUCAAGCACAAAAAAAGAAGGUAGAGGCUUGCACCUCCUCCCCAGGGCCGGACACAUAAAACUAGAGAGGCAGAGUCGCAGCCAAAACCGUGCAUGCACAACAUCCCCGAAUCAGAGCUAAACACAAUAUGGCCCGGCAAGGUCAGUCACAUUUAUUCAUGUACUGUUUAGCUACGAUGUGCUAAAACUUACAAGAAUACGGGUGAUAAUAUCAUAUAAUAACAACGUACAAAAUAGGACUUCCCUUUAAAAGUUAAAACUGGUCAAAUCAUCCAGUGACCUCAGUGUAAGAGUUUUAACAAAAUCAAUUGCUAUUGCUAUUCUAAAGUGUGGCAACACAUUACCUAAAUAAUGACCCAACACUUGAAUUUGGUUUCAAAAUGACUCAAUAAUAAGUCAUUUAUGCUGUCAUUUCAUCUGUUUUUAAUGCCUUCAGUAAUAUAGACAUGUAUCCAUUAUUGUAAAGUGGUACCCCAUAAGUAAGUGAUCAUGUCGUCUGCUUUGAUUCCAAAUGUAAAGCAAAAUAUUUCAGACUGCAAUUUUAUUGUUGAUUUCACUUGCCAAACCUGUUCCAUCUUUAUUUUCACCAUUUCAAGCGUAACGUUUCACGUUAAAGUCUCUCACCAUCUUCCGUGACCAAUACCUGAAAAUUUGUACCGUAUUUUUCGGACCAUAAGUCGCAGUUUUUUUCAUAGUUUGGCCGGGGGUGCGAUUUAUACUCCGGAGCGAUUUAUACGUGAAAUUAUUAACACGUUAUUAUAUAAUUUCACAUGUUAUUUUCACACUGACAACCGCAAGAGGGCGCUCUAGGCCUGACGAAAGCAACGUAGAAGAGGAAGUGACGCAUCGUCUACCUCCGGAGUUGGCGGAGUUGUUUAGAAGUGAGACCGAGGAGGAAGAUUUCAUUGGAUUGAGUGAUUUGGAGUGACACUGAUGGUUUGGUAAACUUGUUAGCAUGUUCUUUAUGCUAUAGUUAUCCGAAUAACUGUUAAUAUGUUACGUUAACAUACCAGGCACGUUCUCAGUUCGUUGUUUUUGCGUCAUGUAACGUUAGCUGAAUGUGUUACGUUAGCAUACCGUACACCUACUCAGCCUGUUGUUCUCUAUUCUAUUUUUAUUUGAAAUUGCCUUUCAAGAUGAAAUGCCUGUUCUUGGUGUUGGAUUUUAUCAAAUAAAUUUCCCCCCAAAAGUGCGACUUAUACUCCAGUGCGACUUAUAUAUGUUUUUUACUUCUUUAUUAUGCAUAUUUUGGCUGGUGCGACUUAUACUCCAGUGCGAUUUAUAGUCCGGAAAAUACGGUAUGCAUAUUCCUAAGCGGACGGGCACAUUUUGACGCCUGGGCCACAUCCAUUCUUUACUUUGACCCACCAAGCAUUUACAUUAUCAAGAGUCCUUGCAUUAAAUUUGCUGUUUAUCUCAUUAAAUAUUUGGUACAUUUAUUUAUGGGAAUAAUAAAUAAAAUCACAAUAAACAAAAUAGUAAAUAUAUAACAGUAUAAAUUUAAAAUAGGACUAUUUAUUUUAAUAUUUCUUUUAUAUAUAUAUAUAUAGCCAUUCACAGUACCCCUUAUCCUAUUCAGGGUCGUGGGGCACUGGAGCCUAUCCCAGCUGACUUCGGGCAAAAGGCGGACUACACCCUGAACUGGUCGUCAGCCAGUCACAGGGAUAUUAUAACAUUUGUAUUUGAUUUAAUGUGGUUAAUUAACUAUGAUUAUACUAUUACAACUAACAGACUGGUAGCGUAGUGAUUCAUGCACUUGCCUUUCAUGCAGAUGGUCGCAUCCGCCAUAAAAACGGCCAAACAAGUCACGCGAGUGACUAGGAGUGAUGACCACUGACAGGAAAAAGCUGAAACUCACUUCUUCAUUUUACCGAUGAUAAAAUGAAAUAAUAUGUUAAGUAUUAUGUUAUUAUUAAGCUAAACAAGCUUUAAAUACACAUUUGUACUUGUUUUUAUAAAUUAAUCUACGAAUGGCCUGGUCCAUCUGUCCGUUUAAAAAAAAAAAAAAAAAAGCAAUGUGGCCCUAAAGCUGAUGAACAUACAUUCUUAUAAGUGGUCGUCCUUUUCUUUGACCUGCGAUGGUGGAGUUGUAAGGACGAAGGGCACCUGUCAGCGCAGCGAACUUCAAGUCAAAAGCAGCCAUAUUCAAAGGUCAAGCACAGGCCUGCUUGUCACCUCGUUUGUAACAAGAGACUGAGAAAAGCCUUAAAGAUGGGACCCACUCGCUAAUGAGCUACUUGUUGUGGACCAUUGCUACCCCUCUCUUGCACACUCUAAAUUUAUAAGCAAGUGCUCUGAUGUGUUGCUCUGUUGCUGUGUACAUAUGUGUGUUGUGCUUCUGUUGACGUCUCUGUGUUAUUGUAGCAUCGGGUUCUUACUGGGCGACCUCCACAGACGUCCUCAGCCUCCUCGCACUUGAGUUUCACGCAGGAAAACGUCAGCCAUUUCAGCACAAGCCAUGAUUAUACCAAUAUGUAGAUGCUUAUUUAUGUUAUCCUUACACCACUCUGUUGCUUCAUAUCUGCCGUCAUGCUGACCUCACCCCAGGAGCAAAAGGGUGAGGAACGGUUGGAGGUGGAAGAGCCCAGUGAGGCAGCAGAGUGGUUACUUGCCGUGUCCCAUCAUGGAUCAGGAGGUCAAAGUGAGGGCGUCUGAAGGUCACACCUAGUAGCACUUUGGUUUUGCGUUCCAUGUUUUGUUUCUUCAGCCUCUCCUGUUUUUUGGCCGAGCGGACUGUGAUCUUACUGGUGGUCGUUGUUUUCCUCCCAUCAGUGUUAGAGUGUGAUGAACGGAGCCAUGGAGCUGAGCUCUGAUUUUGUUCCAUAUUAAAGAAUCAUUUUUACUAUAUAA